AUGUCGGUCUCCUACGUGGAUGACAUCUCCGAUGGCAGCGGAUUCUUCAUCCUCUUCAAACUCCUUGCUCGGUGAGUUGAUCAACUGAAAAAUGCAUCUUCCCGCUACUUUCAACCAAUCCCCUUCUCCCUGCCGGUGUCAAGGGCUAGGAAGUUACAAGAGUCUGUCCUUUUCUAGGGCAACUAUGUGUACUGUUAUGUAUUAGCUCUUGAACACAGGUUAACCCCCCCCCCCCCUGAAUGAGUCCGUUGUUAUUCUUCCGCUCGGGAUGUCAUGCUGUUAGGUACUUAGAAAGAUUGCCUACCAAUAAGCGGGAAGGACAGCUGAGACGGUAGUGUUUAUUUUCAGUUUAUUGAUUGUCGUUAACCAACUCCGGACAGGGAAACAUGAUCUUUCCUCCUUAAGCUUGGCGCCCUACCCUUUGGCUCACAGGCACACGUUCUGUCGACGGUGCGCCGAUCUUGUUCGGUGGCUGAUUGACAUCAUUUCACCUUAGUUUCGAAUGUUCCUCGUGAGAUUGGGUGUGUUUCGAGAAAAUGACACUGAUUAAUCUAAACAAAGUUGUGAUUGAAAUAACUGUCCGGCGUUUUGUCUCGCACGGGUAGUCGCGGCAAGCAAACCCUGACUACUUCCAGUUCUACUGUGGAAUAACCACGUAAUGCCCAUUCUACAAACAAGAAGUACUACGAGUAGUAUGAAAUCCAUAUAGUAAAGGUAUUAUACCGUACUCCCGACGUAGAUACUUGCUAAAAGCCCAGACACGUGUUUCACAGAUAUUCUGCCGCUGUGUGACACAGCUGCGCGGGGUUCGACUCUUCAGUGGGACCCCCAGUGUUCUCUAGCGGUUUCUGGUAUAUGAACUCCAGAGAAUAAUCAAGCGAAUAAUUUCAGAAAUGACUCAGUGCAGGACUUGGAGUUAAAUCUGCUACUUGUUUGUAGAAUGGACAUUACGUGGUUAUUCCACAGUAGUUGAUUGUCUUCGACUCGAAUGUUCAUUAACAUUUCGGUUCUGACCCUAAAAAGUCAUGUCCCCGAUGAAGAGACGAGAUCACCUAUUCCAGGUGGCUAUACACACACUGGACACUGGACGCAAAUUUGUAUAAGAGAACGCUCGCAUUGUUGGCGCCUGCCCAAUAAGGAAAGGCCGCGAAUUCCUGGAUGCAAUGCACUCAGAUGAGGCAUUCAUCAAUCGGCAUAUCGAUUUAGAUGCCACACAUAAAAUGGAGGCGAGCGCAGCCAAUACCGAGGGGAUGACGAAAUCGUUGACGCGCAUUGGCGCAGGUUUCGGUCAACCAUAGAAUCACUUGUUCGACACGGUUAAAUAGUGAACUGUUUUUGUACAUUGCCCAAAAGUCUGACGACGAGCUGGGGAUCCAGACUCGAAAAUUUACUCAUUAAAGUUUAUUCCCUUCCCAAAGAAUCUUACUUAUUUUCAAUAUAUAUAUAUAUAUAUAUAUAUAUAUAUAUAUAUAUAUAUAUAUAUAACUUCUCGAACUCUGUUAGUAAUUCCCAAUCUUCCAGUUAGGACUAGAUUCAAACUGUUCAAUCGCGACUUGGGGACGCGCAUUUAGCCAGCACUGGCUCUCAUUCUCUUUCAAGGUCAUGAAUACUUAAGGAGAAUACCGAAAUGAAUAGGCGAAAAUUCAACCAUAAAGUAAAAUGUCAGAAAACUAAGAGGCCUUCUGCAGCUCUAUCCAGCGAUCGAGACUGCCUGUUUUCUGAGCCGAAUGUCUUCGUGAUCACGGCUCUCAGUAUGAGGAGUGUGCAUGUCCUGCGCAGAGAUCUUCGAUGCAGUCUGUGGGGGCUAUACUCCGCCCCCAUGUCGCUGUUGUAUGCGUCUUCUGCCUCUCUUGUUGGGUGGUCCCUACAAUCUACUGCCUUGAUUGCUACUUGUCAAGUAGAUUCGCAAAACCAGGCAGGGCGCAGACAUAUCGGCAUGAUGAUUGGCUGAGCGAUCGCGUGGCUGCCAAGCUUCUUGCAACUGUUUUAUGUGUCAUCAUUACCGCUACCCCCGCCCCAAUUACGUCAUUAGCGAAGGCGUGCCAGUGGUAAGCGUGGUAUAUUCAGCUGGUGUUAGUCUAUCCGCGUUCCCAUCCGGCAGGCAGCUUCUUUGACAUUGUUGUUCGCUCAGAAGACGAAGAUGCGAUCAUUGGAACAAGAAAUUUAUUGGCCUGACCUUUCGGAUUCUCACUCGAAUCUAUCGUCAGAGACAGUCGCAGAUAAGACUAAUGGUGGCACAAGGAGCACAGUAUUUAUAACACGUGGCUGCCGUGGGACAAUCUGCGUACUGCAAUUAGCAGCUCUCGCAAUCACCGCCGGGGUCGUAAGUGAUGCGAUGGUGGCUUGUCAGUCCGCUUCCGAGUCGUUAAUGGCCAUGAUUUCGUCAUCCGUUUUGGAUGCCGGCGUGAUGAUUGCUCUGCAAAUUGGCCCACUGUCACUGGGAUAACUGAUCGCCCUUGCCCAGCGAUUAGCCGCUGCAGAAUAAACCGCAAAACACUUGAGCACGUCUGACUGACAUCACGCACUAUAAGCACGCAUUAGGCACCUCUAAGGUAAGUGAGAAGUGUGUUCUUUCGCUCCAUGUGCUCUCAUGUGACAUACGUGAGACCCGGGCAGCCCGCUCACACUUUGUGAAGUUCUAGUGUGUCAGGUCGUGUGCGUAGUACACGUAAACGGGCCGUUUUAGCUCUUGACUGACCUACGCGGACAGUUAACUGGCGUACGGGAGAAAGUAGAGAGGGUGAGGUCGACUUUGGAGACCUCAGCCUGUGACACUUCCGCGCAUUCCUCACUAUGAUCCACCUGUGGCGGCCAGCCACCAUGACCGGUCUGGCUUCAUUGUUAAAGACCUCGCUGUCUCAAGGUCAUUCACCCCUUGCAGCGAGCCGUACCAGACGAGCUGACCUGAAGCCACUUGACCGAUUCCAGCUCGGACACAAUUGCGCCCACACAGCCUCGCGGCUACCCAUGCGCCACUCCCUGCAACCAGCAAAACAAGCCCCUGGGACACUCCAGACCUCGGCAAAUGCAACACCCACUGACCGGGCACCACUUGAGCUUGGCCCAAGAGCCUGCAAAAGUGGCUGCCACUACUGUCCGAGGGACUCUCACGCAUGACUGGACGCAGUCAACACCAGCCCUGGCUGCGCCAGUGGCCACUGCUGCCUGAGAGGACAACCCCGCUUUCUGUGCACAUUAAACCCCUCAUUCUGGUUCCUUCUGUCUUUUCCUUACAACUUAGGAUUCGACCUGGUGGCUGUAGCGCUCAGAGCACUUACUCUCACUGCUGUGUCGCUACACACCUGACGCAUUUGAAACUACCAAGAUGCGAUGGAUAUUGUGACUUUGGAGGUUGCCAACCGAUGGUACUACUCAGACCUCGCAGACAGCUCAGUGUACGCUUGCGUGGAAUGGCCGACUGGUGGACUGGGUGUCAAGCUCAAUGGUUCCUCUCCCCAAGCAAGGCCUCCCUGACACUCUACCACAUGUGGGAUCCAACCACUCGUCCCUUUUGUGUGACGUCCUGUUACGCAGACGGUCAGGUGGUGUGAAUAAAGAGAGCAGACGAACCGUCUAGCUCUGCCAGUCACUGUGUCCAACGCCCGCGUUAAAUGACUGACCAGCUCGGUCUGUUGACUAGUAUCUGGGAGGAGGAAAAGAGGGUGAGAUCAACUCUGGAGACGCUGUCUCCACGGCACUCAGCGCCUGACAGUUCGACCGUUGUUACCGACGAUGUCCACCGUCUGCUUCACAGCAAGGUGAAGCAGCCGCGAUGACUGGCGCGUGAAUUAGUUUAUAGUGGUAGUGGACUUUCGCAACAUCUACCGCAAUCUCUCCUCCCCAGUCCCCAUCUGUGCCCGUGUUCAAGACUGAGUCAAGAAGACCGGAGGCGGAGGAGGACGCAGGUGGAUGGUACGGUCGAGCCCGCACUUUGGCGCUCCACUCCCCACCCUCUGGUCCACAAUAUACACUUGACCAGGAUUUUUCACCAAUAAUGACAACAACACCCCCAACAGGGGUCAGAAGGACGAAGAUGAUGAUUGGGAAGUCCCACUAUGUUGGGCUCGAGCCGCCAUUUGUUGUUUUGGUGAAACUCUGGUCCUUUGUACGCGGGAUGGGCGUUUGCGGCACGUGCCACUGUGAUUUUCUCGACUGUUUUAACGCCCCAUCCCACUAGGGUCAGCGAAGGUAGGGUGCAGUAGAUGCCGCGCAAGUCCGUCGCUACUUGAAACUAAUUCUUGCGCGAGGCACCGUCCCUGCGCGCACACUGGUAUGGGGCACACGACAGAUAUCGACGUCGAAAUUGGCCAAACAAUCAUAUAUAUGUUCGCAUGGAGUGGGCGCAGUCCGAUAAAAGUCUUCCCUGAGUCAUUCUGGUCCUGUUCUGUUCCAGCGUUGCCCUUUGUAUGGGGAGUCAAAGUCAAAAUAUCCGAUCACUCUAAGGCAUUAUCGUCACCAAAGAUGGGGAAAAUGACCCUGCCUAUAGUGCUCCUCCGAAUUGCUUUAUUUCAGUAAAAGCACUUCUGUUUAUAUAACAGGACUCACGAGCGACAAAUUUGUAAUGCGCUUGUAUUUUUCCCUCUAGGUGGAAGGGGAGCCUCUACAAGCUUGUAUGGAUAGAUCUUACAAUGUAUCUGGCUAUUUACUACUUAUUAAACUUAAUUUACCGUUUUGCUCUGAACUCCGAGCAGAAAGAGUAAGUCUGACUACAUUUACCCUGAAUUCUUACUUUGAAGCUGACUCUUUUCAAUUUUUCUCAUCGUGGCGCCCGUAAGAGGCGGACUUUCUAAGGAGAUACUUUUGAAUUCACACAAAACUGCCUGACGGUUUUGGAACUAAGACGUCAAAACUGGACUUUCUGAGUCCGGUCUGCCGGAGGCCAUCUGGAAAAAACUUAGAGUACCAGCAAUGACUUCCAGCUCGUUCAUGAGACUUCAUAAGAUUUCCGAUUUCGAGGAGACCUCGAUUAGCUCACUUCAUUAAAUGGGUCCGUGCCCCUGAUACCAAGCCUCCUCCUUACAGUCCAAGUUCUGAGGUUAAAUCGUGACACUAGAUGUCAUUGUGCACCAUGACAUUUUGAUGAGACCUAGUGUCGUAAUUUUAUGAAUAAUAAAUCGCAAACAGUUUUCGAUAAAAUAGCCGAAAACACUCACAGCCCCAUUGAACAUUUGGUUUAGUUAAAACACGAUUGGCCGAAUAAACUUGUAAAGUUAUAUCCUGAAGAUUUGACUCGAAAUUCAGAUGACAGUCUACAUUCCUUUCCAUCAUUAAAAGACUCUAAUGGCACAUUUAAGCGUCUAUCUACUAACAGCAAAUUGCGUUUCUUCUCCAGAAAAUACGAAGACGAUCUCGCUAGAAAAUUUAGACAAAAACUAAGCACACUCCUCCGGGGAGGUUGUCUCCCAUCUGGCUUUUGGUGCUGACAAAACAUCCCCCGGUCUAUCUGGAGACAUUAGAAGGGGUUUUCUUAUAACUCGGGAAAUAUCUUAAGUCCAAGUCUUCUUUCCGAUAAAAAUUUGCACGCGUAUAUUUCCUCCCAACGCUCACUGGCUAAAGCCUGCAAAUGGUUUUAUGUCGAUAUAAAAACACGAAAGUUGUUUACUCCCUCCGAAUCGUAGACAACUUGAAAAAUGUUGGAUUUGCCUUCACUUACAUAGACUUAUUUCAGACGAUAUGGUUAGAUUUAAGGCCAGUUUACUUUCUCAACAUAUGUUGAUACCCGGAAAGUUCUUUUUAAACAAUCCUUGGUAGAAUAUUCCAAACCAAAAAGCUAACCGGUACGCCCUAAAAGCGUCUUCGUUCUAAUUCACCGUGAAGCGCACAGCCAUUGACCUUGAUACCCGCAGCUGAUACGUUAACUCCUACAAUUGUGAUUGGCCAGAUUAGAAAAUACAGGCUCAGCGUUUUUGACCAAUAAGACGCUGACGAAAUCCACAAAAAUGGCAUAGUCCACAGUGGAUUCCAAUCACAGGGACUCUUAUCUAGUAGUCCUGCCUAUGCUGUUACCGCCUCUUGUCAAAUGUCAUUGAUUGGUUGUUGGUCGUAGCAGACUUUUUGGCACAAUUGAGCUAACUGGAUUGACCAUGAAUUCUUACUUUUCUGGUGCCAAGUUAAAUACGGUUCAUUAUAAACACGCAUUGAUUUUCGAUAGACUGUCGGAUAAUAGUCCCCAUCCCCUCCUCCUCCUCCUCCUCCUCCUCCCACUCCUUCAUUAUCGUCCUCUUCACCUCUCUUCCUCACCUUUUCUCCUCUCCUUCCUCGUCCUUAUAACAAGAGUCAUGUUUUCAUAUUUCUCUGACUAAAUUUGGACUGAGUCAUUAGUAUCCGACUGAAGCAGACCUGUCUAUGCGUUUCAGGCUUUUCAAAAUUAUCGUGAAUUACUGCGAUGGCAUUAGUGGUCAACUGCCCGUCUCCUUCGUUCUGGGCUUCUUUGUUUCCGGCGUGAUUGGUCGAUGGUUCCACACCUACAUGUACAUUCCGUGGCUUAAUGCCGUUACUUACAGCGUUAUGGUAAGUAAACAACAAUCGUGCACUUUAUUCGACGGCCAUUUUACAUCUGUUUCGUAGGGAACGGGUUAGUGGCAGAUCCGACUGCUUCACUCAUUCUCUCUCUUCUGAGAGCUCAACUGACUCUUUAAACAUUUCGAAAGGAAGCUAGAACAAAACAUACACAUUAUCGCACUCUGUGCGUUAAUUCGUCACCGAUGGUCCCACGUAGAAAAGUGGAGCACAGGGACUCCUAUAAUAGUGGGGGUACAUCAACAGGCGCUUUAUGGGUUGGACAGAUGGACUUAACGAAAUCUGCGGAAGGCCUUGUGAGGGCUUGCAUUUCUGUUUUAUUACUUCGGUGAGGUACUGGGGCAGACCGCGCAGUCUUAACGAUGCGAAUUAAGAGCGCCUAAACGGGCGGGAAGCAGGUAAUCUGUGGUUAUUUGUAAGUGAUGGCUGGAUUGGGUUAGAUCGUAUGCGGCGAACAAACUUAACCACAACAUUAAGCCUAACCCAAACCUCAACCUCGACCCUCUCCCUAACCCAAAUAUUUAAAUCAACGCUAACCGUAAACCUAACCCUAACCGCAACUGUGACAUCAACACAACAUGCCUACAUAAAAGAAAUAAGUAGGCAUGUCCUGGGAAUAAAGUCUAGUUGGGGCCACACGCACUAUCCUUGCCGCCAAUUUUAUCCUAGAAUCACUUUUACACUUAAAACACACAUUCAUCUUAUCGUCGUUUGUGACAAACCUUUCUGUAACAGCAGGGAAGCUGUGCAACCCCGGGUUGUUGCCAAGAAGCCCUCUCUUUAGUGGGCUAUGCACACCAAAAAUGUCUCAUCCAAACAAUUAAAUCUUACUGCGUUGUCGUCCAAGGAAGUACCAAUUACGGUUGACCUAACCCCAAACUGGGACCCACUCAGUCGCGUGCAGACCCGACUGACUGAUGCCGUCGAACUGAGACUAAUGCUUACUUUGAUACCGGAUUUGCAUUUUACAAGAGGUGAAGUGAACUCAGGGAGCUGAACACAUUCCGUUAAAAAGUGCCCCUCCUCCCCGCAAAAACCAAACUAACUUUAUCGCGCUCUAGUUCACACUACUUCAGUCACUGGUUUUUCUGGUCUAGAGAUGGUGAGCUUGAGACACAAACCUGGCUGGCGAGCCAUCGGAAUGGGAAAGACUAGAUAGCUCAAACACCAAGUUGUCUGUCCGCUUUAGGUCGACAGAAGAACUUAUGGGAGAUGGGUUGGGUCUUGACGACAGGACUUGGGACUAGGAACAAGUUCAUGGAAGCGGUCAAAAAGGGACGCCGAAAGCGGGUACCUACAGUGAGUGAUCGAUAUCAUGAAAUGUUGAUCGAAAUUCUGAAAUGCGUUUUCGAUCAGGAAGGAUUACUUAGGUACGGUUACAAUAUCGAUUAUCAUGCGACAUAAUUCUAUAAUGCUUCGGACUCGCCAGGGUGUCGGCUUUCGAAUGCAUUUCUUUUUGACCUCCUGUAGAAAACGCACUCGGUGAGAAGUGACUACUUAAGUAACAUGCAUUUUCCUAUGGAUUUUCGGUUGUCUCGCAAAUGCAAAUAUAUUUUACAGACAACAUGCAUAACAUAUAUGCUUUCUACAACUCGAUCGGUGGAGAAUCACGUUGUCUUUACAUUUUCUACCCAAAAAGUGGUGUAUUUAGAUUUUGAAAAAGUUUCUCAAUGCCCUAAUAAUUUUGAGCUUUUAGCGACGUAGUCUACAAGGUGCUUACUUUUGGCCUAAGGAAAAUCACAUAUUCCUCUAUGCCUUCAUAAAAUAUUGCAAUGGAUUCGGACUAUAUUCUACAUUUCAUAAGAAGCAUUGACAAAUGGACGUGUGCGAUGUUGUAUGAAGCGACAUUGCACGGUCGAUAAAAGACAGUCUUCAUUUCAUUGAAGAAAUUAAGGACCAGAACAUCGCCGACAAGUGUAUGAUCUCUUUAGACGUGGAAUCCUUAUUUACCAAUGUACCACUGGUUGAAACAAUAGAUGUUAUAUGCGCACAGGCGUCCAAAACCCGACUCUCCCCCGAACUACUACGAGAUCUGCUGGUACUUUGCACCAAAGAUGUUCAACUUCUGUUUAAUGGGGAACUUUACAGACAACUUGACGGAGUCGCACUGGGUAGUCCAAUCGGGCCAACCCUCGCCGAUGUUUUUAUGGGUUACCUAGAAGAAAAAGUGUCAUCAAAAUCAAACAUGACAGCAUUAUACAGGAGAUACGUGGAUGAUAUAUUCACGAUUGUUGACAACAAGGAAGACGCCUCCGACCUACUUUGCCUAAUGAAUAAUCUGCAUCCUAAAAUCAAAUUUACGAUGGAAAUGGAGCAGUUUAACAAGUUACCCUUCCUGGACGCCCUCAUGUUUAGAGAGGAUGAUGGUUCAAUAAGACGCUCCGUCUUCCACAAGAUUACGUGGAAAGGACAAUUCUUAUAUUUGAAAAGCUUUGCGCCAAUACAAUGGAAACGUAAUCUUGUACAUACUCUUUUUCAAAGAGCGAGAAAUAUUUGCUCCGGGGAGACCAUAGAUACAGAAACUGCCCGAAUCAAAGAAGCCUUACUUAAUCGUGGUUAUCCUGCACGUUUCAUUCAGAAGUACAGCAACCAUUUACGGCCAAAGUUGACGGAACAGUCCGUUCCGAAGAAGCCCGUUAUAAUAUGUCUACCUUUUAAGGGUGACAACGUCUCAAACACAAUCAUGCGGCGCUUGCGUUGCACUAUAGAAAGAACGUACAACGCAGUAGAGCUUAUCUUCAUCAGUUCCACAAAAAGCCUUUCAAUUAACCGGGCAAAGGAUGCCUUGCCAAUGCACGCCACCCCAAAUUGUGUGUAUGAAUUCACAUGCACUUGUGGAUGCAAGUACAUUGGGCGAACGCCUCUUGUUUCCUCUGACUGUGAUUUGUUGUUAACAUUUCGUCUCCCUCUUUCCUGUAUGAUGCUUAUGUGGACGUCUUAUCUGAUUAUUCAUUGCCUUGAACCCUGACCUUGCUCUUAUGCACUGCCAUUCUGUACAAAUUCAUACUGCUGUGCGCUUUCAUUCGUUACCUAUGUUAUGCAGAGACGGACUGCAGUUGAAAAGCCAUCACGAAAUUUAUUGGCCCCAAUAAAUUCUGCUGUGCAUGCCUGUUUUCAAUCUCAUAAUUAGAAACUUUUCAAAACCUAACUAUAUCCCUUCUUCGGACAUAAAAUGUAGAGACAACGUGAGUCUCUACCGAUCGAGUUGAAGAAAGCAUAUUUUUAUGCGUGUUUUUUGUAAAAUAUAUUUGAAUUUUCAAGACCACCGAAAAUUCAUAGGAAAAGUGCGUGCCACUCUAUUAACAAGUGCAAUGAUCUUCCCAUUCACUACUCGGUGCUGAAACUUCGACUAGGCGGAGUAAUUGGCCACGCGGGAGCGCACAGGUGAACAUUCUUCCCAACAUCCGGGUCAGCGCGUCAGAUGGUCGAACAAUCAUCACACCAACAUCCAACGCACGUGAUAAAAUUGCAGCAAGUAACGACGCGAAUGUCGGCCCUCACACCACAUGCAACAAUCCCUGAUGAAGGGGGGGGGGGGGAGUCGUCAAUAUUCAUAGGUGUGUGGUAGCAUGGCUACUGCAUCUUAUAAAUACUGCAGCCCCAUAUGCAUGAACCAUCCGUAUCUGCUUUUUGUCUCUGAUGAUGGAUUCGAGCAGGAAUCCGAAACGUCAGGCUAAUUAAGCUCUUGUCCCAGCGAUCGUGUCUUCUUCUUCAAGUCUGUUUCGCGGGACUCGUCUCUUCGUUUCUAUUGGCGAUGAAAGAACUUUUAACUAACUUCCCCCACGCUGAAGUAAUCCUCUAGACCGCCUAUAAUACGAGUGGUUUUAGGUCGUAUCACUUGAGAUUCUUGUAACUUAAACAUCAUCUUCCGAUGUUUCAUGUUAAUCACAAUCUAAUCGCCUGUUGUCCUAGGCUAAAGAGGGACCAGUAUUGGCUCGUGCCACGCAUCAGUCCAGCUGUGGUAAGCCUGUGUGCCCUUGACUGUCGUCAUAUAUGCACGCGACAGACGUAGACAGAGACUUUUAGGCCACAUUGGACACUACGCCCAACCUUGCUGCUUCAUCGAUGCGUGAAAAAGAGAAGAAAAAGUGAGGCCAAACUUCUUAAUAGUUUGCGUAUGCAGAAAGUACCUUUUUAAAACAAGCCAGAACAUUAUGGGAGGACAAUAAGAGGUCGGGAGGAAUAAUCUAGGAAUCAACACAGCGCCCCAUCGGUGAUCGAGUAGCAGAAAGCGGGAUAAAAAAACGGCACCUAUAAAUUUAUAGGAACACCAAGUGGUACAACUACCGCAACUUACGCAGCCUAAGACCACUCAUAUUACAGGUGUUCUAAAGAACUAUUUUAGAGGAUGGGAAUAACUAUAAGCCAUUCCAACUACGAUGUCACAUUUGAAGCAAGCAAGGACAGCAGAAUUUAAUGGUACCACAAAAUUUCGCGACGGCUUCUCAACUGCUGCCGGUCGUUGCAUAACAGAAAUAACAAGUGAGAAAGGUACAAAGGUUUGAAUUUCGACAGAGAAAAUCGAUGUAAAACAGCAAGGUCAACGUGUACUGCGCGUAGACUAAUCGAUAAAAUGGUAGCUUCAAAAUGCAACAUAGGAAUGAAAAUGGGGAACUAGGCAUGCCGAGGGAUUUCGAAACUCAAAAGGGGCUCGGGUCUACCAGGGCAAGCUGAGGUUGACCACGUGGUCUAACUGUUUACAUAGGUCGGGUUUCUCCCGCCGUAUAUAGGCUGCCUCCAGGUAGCGCAAUAACCGAGUAGUUCGUGCUCGAACUAAUACUCGAAAAGACGUCUUAGGGUCAACCGAAUGGCCGCUAUCAAGGAGAUGUUUUGUAAUGGAAGACCGUGGAGUCUUGUUCUCCUGCUUUAGAAGCCAUUUAGGCAGGUGCUCAACUGCUCUGGCUGCCAGUUGCCUUUGCGUUCGCCCAAUGUACUUGCAUCCACAAGUACCUGAAAAUUCGUAAACACAAUUUGACGUGGCGUGCAAUGGCAAGGCAUCCUUCGCCCAUAGAUCUUCGAUAGCCUUAGUAGAACUGUAGAAGAUGAGUUCAGCUGCGUUGUAAGUUCUUUCAAUAGUGCAUCUCAAUCGCCGCUUGAUGGUAUUAGAGAUGUUGUCGCCCCUAAAGGGUAAGGAUAUUAUAACGGGCUUUUUCGGAACAGAUUGCUCCGUCAAUUUUGACCGCAAAGUGUUGCUGUACUUUUCGAUGAAUCGUGUUGGAUAUCCGCGUUUAAGCAGGGCUGUUUUUAGGCAAGAAAUUUCAUCAUCCAGCGUUUCAAUGGAGCAAAUCUUUCUUGCUCUUUGGAAUAGAGUGUAAACCAAUUUCGCUUUCGUUGUAUCGGCACAAAGCUCAAGAAGUGUAGGUAUUGGCCUUUCCAUGUGUCUUUGUGGAAAACAGAUCGCCGUAUUGAACCAUCUUCCUGUCUAGUCAUGAGGACAUCCAGGAAAGAGAGCUUGUUGCACUGCUCCUUCUCCAUUGUGAAUCUAAUCUUAGGAUGGAGACUGUUCAUGGCAACAAGUAGGUCUUCGGCUUCAUCGUCGUUAUCAACAAUAGCAAAAAUGUCGUCUACAUAUCUUUUGUACAGUGUUUUCCUAUUCAAUUUUUCUGAGAACUUUUCUUCUAGGUGACCCAUAAAAAUGUCAGCAAGGGUUGGAGCAAGCGGACUUCCCAUUGCCACUCCAUCAAUUUGUCUGUAUACCUGUCCAUUGAACAAAAAUUGAACGUUUUUCGUGCAUUGUUUCAACAGGUUACGUAA